CUCUCUGGCUAGUGAUCCACUGACGAGUGACGGCAAACAAGGGGGAAAAAAUAUGGUGAGGGGUGACCGCGGGGUCUGUGGUCCUCACAGACCCGCGGCCCUUCCCUUCCUUUUUCACCUUUUGCUCACUCCCCCACGAACCCCUCCCCAAAUCCCCUUCCCUUCCCCCUUCCCCACGACUCCCGCAUCCCCAUGGAACGACGCCCGCCCUCGGAGCCCAAGCGGAGCGGGAAGGAGAAGGCCCAGAAGGACGCCGCCGCCGACGGCGACGAGGAGGAGGAGGAGGACAAGAAGAGGCGGCCCCCCGCUCCUGCCCCUGCUUCCUCCGCGGCCCGGCGGGGAUCGGGCGCCGGGGGGGCGUCGCAGCCCUGCUGCCAGGCGGAGAAGUGCACCGCCGAUCUGACGGAGGCCAAGCGGUACCACCGGCGGCACAAGGUGUGCGAGGCCCACUCCAAGGCCCCUGUCGUCAUCGUCGCCGGCCUCCGCCAACGCUUCUGCCAGCAAUGCAGCAGGUUCCAUGAGCUAUCGGAGUUUGAUGACUCUAAGAGGAGUUGCCGUAGACGCCUGGCUGGCCACAAUGAGCGGCGCAGAAAGAGUUCUUCUGAAUCACAGGGAGAGGGAUCAAGCCGGUGCAGGCAGGCUGAUCAAGAUGGGAGGAUUCAGAUAAGCCUCCCUGGAAAUCCCACCUACAAGCAUUUCCAGAUCAGAUAAGCUAUUGAUUAUUCCCAUUCAAUCAUGCUCUCUCUCUUCUGUCAUGCAGUGGCUUCUGUACUAACUAAUGCCAGAUUUCUCUAUUAAUCUCUGUAGAAGAAAUGUAUUUGAGUAGUACUCCAAGCUUAGUGCCGCCGCUGCAGUGAUGUUGUGGCUGCGAUACUUUAGUAAUUGUGAUUACAUAUAUGGUUAAACUCUUUAAGUUGUGUUUACUCACUUGGCAUGAAUAAUGAGCACUCGUGGCGUUCUAUUUUCUACUCAA